AUGAAUAUUGGAAGCUCUAGCCAGAACCCACACCACGCCAUGGAGAUAAACCAGGUGGCUCUCAGGGAAGGACUGGAGUUAGAGGAAAGUGAUGCCAGGCACUCAGCACACGGUAGCACAAGGAGCAGACGGUCCAGGACUGGCUCUAGAAGGAUGAACCUGAUUCGGGAAUCUGUGUUGCGACAAGAAGUCACAACACAAAGGAUCCAGGACACUCUCACUAAUAUGACAGCCAUGAUGCAAUGGCAGGACAACAGGCAGUUCAGAAAGGACCGUGAGGCUGCCAUAGCCAGAAUUCCAAAUCCGGAUGCUGUUGUCCAACAGCUAGACCUUCCCUAUGGCCCUCCACCAGGAUUAGCAUGGCCAUACCAGGAAAACCCUCUCAUUGCACAGAUUGCUGGAAUACCAGGGCACGGAGAGAUUCAGGCAGGACAGAGGGAAGGAUCCCUUCCCGUCCAAGAACGUGAGGCCCCAGCUCGGCCAAAAGGCCCUGCACUAGUUCAGAUGCAACAUAACCAGCCAGAACCUCACCCUAUUCCACAGGAUCAACCUUUGGCACUUCUGCCUGAGCCACCAGCAGUGUUGCCUUAUAGACGCAGAAGGAUGGAUCCCAAUCCAUUCCCUCCACUUGCAAGAGGCAGAAGAGGCAGAAGGGGAACCGGCUGGGGGCAAACUGGAGGAAAAAUCCAGAUCUGGAAGAAUAGGAAGAACACAGGGAGGAAGUUCUGCCCAGGCCAUACAGUGCGGAGCCCAGGAUUGAUCACACCCAGCCAGAACAGGGGCGAAAUCACCACCCUGUCAAUGCUCUGGAUGACGUGGGGGCAUUACAAAGGAUGA